AUGGCAGCACUGAACGACUUGGCCGAGUUGCAAACCGAACAAAGAAACUCGGCUUCGUCCAAUGUCGACCGGGUCUCCACGCUCGGACUCUGCCACAUCAUCAAUGACCAGGACGCUACGAUCGCGGGCUCGGUAGCAAAAUGUAUCCCAGCCAUAGCGGCAGCGAUUGACUGCUUAGCUGGUAGGGUCCGUGCUGGAGGCAGGGUGGUCUAUGUCGGUGCUGGGACCAGCGGCAGGCUGGGAGUCUUGGAUGCGUCAGAAAUCCCUCCGACCUUCUCCUCACCAGAAGGUCAGUUUGUGGGCAUCAUUGCAGGCGGAGAGGCAGCCAUUCGACAUGCACAAGAGGGGGCCGAAGACGAUGCCGAUGCAGCGGUCCAAGACCUUGAGGCACUCCAUCUGCAUGGUCCGGUCGACUCGUUGAUUGGCAUUGCCGCUUCAGGGCGCACCCCGUACGUGCUGAGCUGCCUCGCAUAUGCGAAGAGGCUGGGUUGCGCCACCAUAGGUGUAGCUUGCACGGAGCCAUCCGCUAUGAGUAAAACCAACAUAGUCGACUAUAUGAUCAGCCCCAUCGUCGGAGCAGAGGUCGUCACGGGAAGCACGAGGAUGAAGGCGGGUACUGCAACCAAGCUGGUGCUCAAUAUGUUGAGCACCGGGACGAUGAUCAAGUUGGGAAAGACAUUCGGGAACAUGAUGGUGGACCUGAAAGCCACGAACCUCAAACUUCAACAGCGGUCUCGAAACAUAUUACGAACAGUCUGUGGUCUGAGGUGUCCCAAAUCGGACGAGGACCUCGACAAUCUUCUGCACAAUUGCGAUGGUAGCGUUAAGCUCGCCAUCACAACGUUGAGCUUGGGGGUGUCUGUGUCAGAAGCGGGGCGUCGUCUUGAUGCAACCGGUGGUGUCCUCGCAAACCUCUUAGAACAGGUCAGCACUCCAUGGCUCCCACAAAAUAGCGAGAGCCAGAGAUAUCUUCUCUGCGUCGAUGGAGGGGGGAGCAAGUGUGCGGCAGCAGUCUUAUCCGUCGAUGGCGAAUAUGGGCAGGGCGUCUCCUCUGGCUGCAAUGUGACAGAUAUCGGCGUCGAAGCCUCAAUUGCGUCCAUCUCAUUAGCAAUACAACGGGCCUGCGACACACUGCCCACCCUCAGCGGCAAGAGCUGGAGACCCAGCUUUUUCUCUUCUGUCUGGAUUGCGCUAGCCGGGCAUGAUCGAAAGCAUAUCGCCAUGGCCGUCGACAAAGCCUUGGAGAACUUGUUCGCGCGACCACAAGGAACAGGCUUGACAAUCACAAAUGAUAUUGAGCUUCUUGCAAUUACAGCUGCCGAGAAAGACGACGUCGAUUCAGCGGUAGUGCUCGUAGCUGGGACUGGAUCUGUUGCAAUGAGCUUCAAGCGUCAAGAAGGUCGGUUCGUUCGCACCCGAAGGUCAGGAGGUUGGGGUCAUCUGCUUUGUGACGACGGCUCAGGCUUUGACAUCGGGCGGCGGGCUAUACGCAUCGCAUUGGCUGCAUUGGAGGGUGACACUACAGCGCGCGAUCGAGACCGGGGGUUCGUGCACAAGCCUGCUUCACAGAUCGAAAGCCUAGUACUUGAUCACUUUCGGCCCUUAGGCACUCAUACGCACGACUUCGACUUGCUGAGCACAGUACUGGCGUGGCCGUCGGAACUGGUGAAGAAGAGACGCAUCGCACAAGUCGCUCGCCUUGUCAUCGAGGCUAGCAAAUCUGACCCUGAAGCCAAAGAUAUUGUCGACAGGGCCGUAGAAGCUCUGGCGCGGCUGCUCACCACCCUUACCCGUUCCGGACAGAUCGAUACCCAAAGUUCAGUAUUGGUCCUGGGAGGCGGAUUGAUGCAGAGUCCAGCUUUCUCAAACGCGGUCGUGCAGUUACUAGGCGAGAAAGGGGCGGCCUUUAGGCACGUCGAGGUUGUCGAGCAUCCUGCCAGCUCCGGCGUGAGGUACUUGUUGCACAAGCGGCAUGAUUGA